CAGUAGCUUGACCAGUUUGACGUGACCCUAACCUAUCACAGGGUGCAGCACUUAAGUGGGUGGAGUCAUCUGAAGGAGUGACCAAUGAGUCCCUUCGCUUGCUGGGUGACCUUCUGUUCUCUGCCUAUCUGGUGGAUCGUCCUGCUGCACAUCUCUGAACAGAGGGUCAAUGCUGGAGAGACGCUGGGCACGUGUGACGGCAGAGACUGCUCAGUGUGCAGCUGUCUCCCCGCCAAGGGAGCCCGGGGGGCCCCAGGGAAGCUGGGGAAGCAGGGGCCACAGGGCCCAGAUGGCAUCAGGGGCUCCGCAGGGCCUCACGGAGAGAAGGGGAGGAGGGGCUUCGAGGGACCACCUGGGCUGGAUGGAAAAAAAGGGGAAAGGGUGAGUGUCUGGGUGUGA